CCAUCGCACGGAACGCCCAGUUGGAAGCUACGGUUGACUACGGUGGUGCUGAGUUUCGCUCUGCGGUCACUUGCGUUUUACACAUUCCCAAGGACGGGUCGCCUCCUCCUCUCAUCUGUUCUUCGGUGAGUUCGAGAUUGUCUAGGAAGGUAACUUACCAAUUCCACAAACAAUCACCAUGUUUGCCUGUGCCCGCAUUGCCCCCGCUGCCAAGAGCGCCCUUGUCUCCAGCUCAAGGGCAUACCUCCGACCCCUGGUCAGCGCAGUCAACUCUGCCAGCCAGGUCCAGACCCCUGUCAUCCCCAGCCAGAGUCUGCUCCCCCUUGUCCGAAGCUUCCAGACCUCAGCAGUGUCCAACGACAUUGACUCCGCCGCCAAGUUCAUCGGUGCUGGUGCCGCCACUGUUGGUGUUGCUGGCUCAGGUGCUGGUAUUGGAUCAGUCUUCGGUUCCUUGAUCAUCGGCUAUGCCAGGAACCCCUCCCUCAAGCAGCAGCUUUUCUCUUACGCCAUUCUUGGGUUCGCCCUGUCUGAGGCUAUGGGGCUCUUCUGUCUUAUGAUGGCCUUCCUGCUUCUCUUCGCCUUCUAAGCGGAUUAGUUCAUAUUCACAUCAUCUCAUGCAAUUUUCUUCUCGAAGGGACUUGCUGGGGUUUAAUUGAGAGGUUUACCACAUUAAAUCAAAAUUAAGGGGCUGUUUUAUAAGGCAUUGUUCACUCACUGCCAUUUUUAUGAAAUUUAUUGUGAACUCCACUUUGAUGGAUUUGUAUCCUUGUUUUAACUUAAAGAUGUGCUCAAUCAUGUUUAUAACUGGGAUGUAACUUCAAGAAGCAGGAGGCAACCUAAACCUUGUAAAUGUGUAUAAAGAUCGCUGUCCCCUUGUGGUAAACCUCUCAUUUGUAGCUGAAAAGUGAGCUGGGUGAUGUAUGGUACAAGCAAUAGGACACUGUCUUGAGUAAAUGCAAAUCAUUUUCUACCAUGUACAAAUUGCUGAAAAUACAACAAAUUCACAAAGAUCUGCAUUGUUCAUCCUAAGCUCCUGAAUAUAAUUGCCUUCGUGUUCAAUGGGGUAUUGUUUCUGUUUAGCCCCAUAGAAACUAAAACUGAACAUGAUGCUAAACAAUUCCUUGUACAACUCUAGGAGGAAAUAAAUCAGUGAAUGUCCAUUUGGGCAUCUGCUCACCAA